CACAUACUCGACAUGCUUUUUUCCAUUGUUUCCCCGCAUACAGUUUUCACUCGACUUUGUGUGAUAGACUUUGAGUUUCCAAUGAAAAACAUAAUGGAUCUUUGCGAAAGUAUGUCACCUUCCCACCUAUUAUCAUAAAAAUUAUUUUUCGCAAUAAAGGGCAAGAAAUGGAUAUCUCAAAAAAGCCUGGAGGCCUUUUGGGUUUUCGACAUGUCCAAUAUAGUCUGAUGAUCGUUGCUACUGUACUUGGCUAUGGAAUGAGGACUGUCCUCAAUGUAGCCAUUGUAGCAAUGGUAGAUGAACAUCCUCCAAAAGACAGGUACUAUUCGGUUUAUCCAGAAUGGAAGCCCAAGAAGAAUCUCAUCCUCUCAUCCUUUUUCUGGGGCUAUGUCUGCUUGCAAGUUGGAGCAGGCCAGCUAGCCAAGAAGUAUGGCACCAGGUUGUUCCUCCUAGGGUCGAUAUUGAUCCCUUCGGUGGCAGGAGUGCUCUUGCCCUUAGCAGGAGCCGAAUUAGGUUAUAUCGGAGUAAUAAUCUGCAGGAUCGUGCAGGGCUUGGCUCAGGGGGCUCUAGUUCCUUCUAUUCACGCCCUUCUGAGCGAGUGGGCUCCAGUUUCAGAACGAGCCAAGUGGGGAGGCUUUGUUUAUGCAGGUCAAGCUUUGGGGAACGUUUUUGCCAUGCCUAUCACAGGGGCCAUUGCUGCUACCAAAGUCGGUUGGCCUCUGGUUUUCUACCUUUACGGAGGAAUAGGUCUUCUGUGGUCCAUUCUUUGGCUUUCUUUGGGUUCUGACAGUCCAUCGAAAAGUAAGAGAAUAUCGGACACAGAAAGAAAGUGGAUCGAAGCCAGUAGAGUCAAUAUAGAAGAGAAAUCGGACGUACCAACACCAUGGAAGGCAAUUUUCACAUCUCCACCAUUUCUUGCUAUACUGUUAGCCCAUUGUGGUCAGAACUGGGGCUUUUGGACUCUGCUCACAGAAAUGCCAAGCUUCAUGAGAGAAAUUUUGAAGUAUAAAAUUGAUUCGAACAGUUUCAUGUCUGCCCUGCCGUACUUCGUCAUGUGGGUCUUGUCCUUUUUCAUGAGUCCUAUCGCUGAUCAGCUGGUGGAAAGAAAAAUAGUCAGUCUGAGGACGAGCAGAAAAAUCUUCAACACUAUUGGUUUCGUCAUUCCUGGUGUUGCCCUCCUCAGCCUCAACAUCGUCGAUGGUCAUAACAAGAGUGCCAUUAUAGCCAUACUGGUUAUCGGCGUUGGUAUGAACGCUGGUCACUUUUGCGGGUUCCUUGUCAACCACAUCGACAUAUCGCCCAACCAUGCUGGUACUUUGGCAGCCAUCACCAACAGCACGGCUAGUGUUUUUUCGAUCUUCGCUCCUCUAGCUGUGGACCUCAUCAAGCACGUCACUGGAUCUAAGGAGGAUGACAAACAACUGUGGAACAUAGUUUUUUCCAUAGCAGGAGGAGUAUAUCUGAUCACCGCAGUAAUCUUUAUUAUAUUCGCAUCUGGUGAUAUUCAACCUUGGAAUGGUAACAACGAAAUAUCCGCUAUCAAGGAUGCAAAAAUAGAAGAGAAGAAAAGGCUGGGCAUAUUGAGAAAAAUUUCUACAUCGAUGGCUGCUUGACAUGAUUACAGUUGAAGAUUUGUGGUUUAUCAUUUAUUUACUGAAAAUCAUUCAAUAUUUUCCAGCUACUAAAUGAAAAGUUAUACUUUUUGAUAGAACUGUAAAAUGAAGAAUUAUUGUGCCAAUCAAUCGCUGGCUUUGU